UUGUUGGUGGGAAAUUGGAUCGUCAUAUCGGACAAUAUUGAAGACAGCCGGAAGUGCGUUUGCCAGCGGCGCGAAGAAAUCAUUCUUACGAAGGCGUUCGUGAUGUGCGCAGCCGUGGACAAUGGCAGUAUCAUCAUCAUCAGCGAUGAUGAAGAAGAAGGCUGUAACCCGCAGGUAUCCUCCUACGAAUCAUCACUUAUCAUGGAGACGGAGGACAUGCCGUGGAGGGACUGUACGCUGUCUCCCAGUAAGAUGGACGAAGACCUGGUGGUCACUUUCUCCCGUCCGGCCGAGGUGCUGCCCCAUGCGCGCUUCGACUGCCCCAAACAUCCUUUUAAAGCUACGGACGACUGCGGGGAUCCUGUGCCUGGGAACCAGCUCCAAUGUGAGCAGUGCUUCUGUUACAUCUGUGACAAACUGGCAGCCAAGUGUCAAAAGUGGCACAUGAGCGGCGUGUGCCACUGCAACAGCCACAAGAAGAGCGACUUCUGGAACAGGAUGAGAAACAGCGAGCUCCUUGGCCAACUGGCGGUCUUCAAGUUGACGCUGUCAGAGGUCGACGGGCACCUCCGACAAGCGGAGUCCAUGCUGCAGAGCUUCAAAGCAGACCUCAGAGCUCGGACGGUGUCCUUACUGGUCGACAAGCAUGUGAACGACGGCGUCACUUACGACUACUCGCCCGUCUACGGAUGCGUGUUGGCUUUCUUGAACAAAGUGGACCAACAAGAUGGCCGAGCGGCAGCCGUCAUGAGGCUGGCGGUCGCUCAGGAGUUGCUUCAACUUUUGCAAGUUGAAGGGAUUUAUCUCCCAGUGUUGCCCUCCUCGACCGCUGCAGCGGCCAAAUGGAUGUUAAUGGACAGGUUGGCGUCGUCGCUGCAGCGGCAGAUGGUCAUGGACGAUUUCACGCCAGAGUUCAGACAAAAACUGCAGGAUUUUUACAGGACUUUAAGUUUUCCUCCUCAGCUCAAGCACAUUAGGACCAGCAUGGAUGUGCGCCCGUGGGACGACAUCCUGCUGGUGUCUGUGUUAAAAGGACAGAACGUGGUCGGCGUGCGCACCAACAAAGGGAAGAAGGACACUCUGUUUGAGGACAUUGAUGUUUUUCUGCUUAGAGUGGAGCGACUGCUGGACCAGAAGAGGUUUCGAGAGUUGAGCCGCUACAUACGUGUCGUCCGGACAAAACGGCUCAGUUGCUUCCUGCGGCUGAAGGACCUCAUCCCUUUCUUCAUGUGCAUGGAGGGCAACUUCAACCCUGCGCUCACCACCUUCUUUCAGUCAGGCAGCGGGAUCGUCUCGCGCCUCACGCUGCGGGACUUCCAGUUGUACCUGCGUGUGCUGGACACAGCGACGGCGCCCGAGCUGUCCGUCGGUCCCGUGGGGGAGCUCUGCUUCGCUGCCGACAAAUGGUGUGCGAUCCAAGGUGCGGUGCCUCUGACGCGUUUAGAAUUGGUCCGCUUUGCUCGCAAGGUCCACAAGUGCUGUCCGGCCAUCCGCAUGAAUUCUGAGUUUUGGACCCACUUGCUCAAGAUCGUCCACGUGAGUCGCCAGGGGACUGCCGGUAUCCCUGAACCCAGUCUGGCCUUCUUAAAAGAAGCUGCACACACGGUCCGUUCUAUUCUGAAGGAGGAGUACGGUGAUAACCUGCAGGUCCCGCAUCACUUUGUGUCGCAGGCGUACCCAGAUCAAGCUGCGUUGCUGCUGGUCACCGGAGCCUUGAGUCACAUCAUUCUCCAUCCGUCUCUGAAUCCAAUCAUCCCGCUUCUCUGCACAUUUGAGAAGAACAUGUGGGCUCUCCACUGGUUUUGGAAGGACAUGUUGCCUGGCGCCGAGUCUCGCGUGGCUAUCGUGCACAAGAUCUAUCGGGAGCUGGAGAACCCAGCAGCGAAAGACCCUUCAAGAUGUAGUCUGUCUAGCAGACAAGUUCUGUGGCCGUCCGCAAAGAACUGGGACAAAUUCCUGCAGCUGAAGGACUUCCUGCCAUUCCUGCUGUGCCUUGAGGGCCAAACUGGCGAGGCGCUGAGGACGUUCUUCCCAGAUAGAGGACCAGCUGCGCGCCUCACGCAGCACACCUUCCAGCUCUACCUCCGCCUUCUCGGCACCACCGCGGCACCCAAGAUGACAAUCGCUCACACAGGGGAGCUCUGUGCUCACGGCGACACCUGGGGCCGCGUUAAAGGUGCUGUACCGCUGAUGCGUUCACAAUUCGUGCACUUUGCACUCAAGGUCCACAGACACUACCCAGCUUUCUAUGCAAAUUCCCAGUGUUGGAUCACACUGCUCAACGUGGUCAACGUCACACACUCACUCAACAGCUUCCCGGAACCAAGUCCGGACUUCAUGCACGAAGCUGUCAACGUUACGAAUUCCGUGCUGCUCUCCUUCGACAAUGGGCUCAUCUCCGACGUACUGAUUCCACAGCACUUUAUGCUGCUGUACCCAGAUCAGGCCCUGCUGCUGCUGGUCACCAAAGCUUUGAGAGAGAACAUCCUCCAUCCUGAUCUCACGCCAAUCAUCCCCAUUCUCUGCACCUUUGAGAAGAACCUGUGGUCUCUGAACUGGUUCUGGAAAUACUUGUCCUUUGAUAACCGCAACAAAGCCAUCAUGGAGAAGAUUUAUCAGGAGCUGCAUCAAACAACAGGAGAUGGCACCAUUUCUCUUGAGUCCAUCGGUCACCUUUUGGAUCCUUCCAACAGCACCCUUGCACCAGUAAGUCAUGUAUCAUGACCACCACCAGGGGCGCUACAGACGUGCACUGUCUUUUAGCGGGACACACCUGUAGCACUGUUCUGUCAAACUGCUAAUCAUAAUGCAGUUACUUUAUCAAACACUGACAAAAGUCAAGAAUGUUGCCACAUCAUCUUUAUGCACUUUUUGUGACUUUUUAUUUUUGUAAUGUUUUUCAGAAAUGUUUUUUCUUGUUAUACUACUCAAAGUUGACUAUAGUAAAAGCAGUUUAAAACACA